GUACCGGAAGCAGUGUAACCGAGGCUAACAUGCUAACUCUUUCCGUUAGCAUAAGAUCCAGUCGGAGUGAACCAGCAGAGCCUGUAUGUUUGGAUAAACCUGUUGAAGCGGACUUUGUGUGAACUUUCGGGAUGUUUCACCGCAGACUCAUCUCCUGUUAGCCAAGAAUGCUAAAGGAAGUUAGCGCAGCUUGCUAGCAGGAAGUAGACGGAGACGGAGCUCGGCCUCACAGUGCUAGUCGGAGUAGCUUCGAUAGAGACCAAACUGUAUUUUCACGGAGCCAAAGUGUCCAAAUGUCCAGACAGACCUGUCUGAAGAGACUCUGCGCUGUUCGCUUUAUUUGAAAAUGUUUAGCAUCUGAAUUAUCUCCCGGCGUCCUACGGAGCUAAUGGAGUUAGCUUAGCUUAGCUUGCUAGCAGGAAGUAGACGGAGGCGAACGUGAUGUAACUUAGCAACACAGCGCGCAUCAGAGUGAGCAGACAGUUUUUAACGGAGUGAGUCUGGAGGAAAAGCUGCUGUGAAGCUGUAAAAAUGUCUAAAGUCCAGAACGAGGAGGAACUUUGUGGACAACGCAAACUACUGGACGCUGUUUUCCAGCCUGAAGUCCGGCUGCACAGAGCAGACGUCCAGCUGCUGUUGGUGAGUAAAGAAGAGGAUCCCCCUGAGCAGCAGGACUGGAGCCCCAGUCUGGACCAGGAGGACCCACCAGAGCCCCCACACAUUAAAGAGGAACAGGAGGAGCUCUGGACCAGUCAGGAGGGAGGGCAGCUUCGAGGGCUGGAGGAGGCCGAUAUCACCAAGUUCACAUUCACUCCUGUCCCUGUGAAGAGUGAAGAAGACGAUGAAGAGAAACCUCAGUCCUCACAGCUUCAUCAAAGACUCACUGAACAGAUGAAAACAGAAGCUGAUGGAGAGGACUGUGGAGGACUAGAACCAGCCAGGAACUCAGAUCCAGAUAGACAUUUACAUCCAGCUACUCAGGACAAGACGUCAGACUCCUCUGAACCUGAGACUGAUGACAGUGAAUCUGAGACUGAUGACAGCUGUGAUUGGUUGGAGACCAGGGAACCUCAGUCAGGUUUAAACCCUCUGCAAAACAAUGAAGUACCUGUAAGUGAUCAGGAAUGUAAUACUGGAAAAACAUCAAGUAGCUCCUCUGAAUGUGCUACAAGCUUUGGCCACAAGGGACAUCUGCAGGAACAAGAUGGACUCCAAACAGGAGAGAAACCAUUUAGUUGUUCAGUUUGUGGUAAAGGAUUCACACAAAAGGGAACUCUGACACGACACAUGAGAAUCCACACAGGGCGGAAACCCUUCAGUUGUUCUGUCUGUGGCAGAAGAUUCACUCAAAAGGAAAAUCUUAGACGACACUCGACUGUCCACACAGGAGAGAAACCAUUUAGUUGUUCAGUUUGUGGUAAAAGAUACCACUGGAAGAAUUCCUUAACGACUCAUAUGAGACUUCAUUCAGUCAAACACAUGAGUUGUUCUGUAUGUGGUAGAAGAUUCACACAAAAGGAAGAUCUUAGACGACACUCGACUGUCCACACAGGGGAGAAAGCCUUCAGUUGUUCAGUGUGUGGUAAAAGAUUCACACAAAGAUCAACUUUGACCUCACACUUAAAAGUUCAUACAGGAGAAAAACCUUUCAGCUGCUCAGUUUGUAAAGCAAGUUUCAGUCUCAGAAGCUAUUUGUCCAAACACAUGAGAAUCCACACAGGGGAGAAACCAUUUAGCUGUUCUCUCUGUGAUAAAAGAUUUGCAAGAAAGACGCAUCUGACACAACACUUGACUGUCCACACGGGGGCAAAACCAUUUAGUUGUUCUGUUUGUGGUAAAAGAUUCACGCAAAGAUCAACUUUGACCAAACACUUAAAAGUUCAUACAGGAGAUAAACCUUUCACAUGCUCAGUUUGUAAAACAAGUUUCAGUCUCAGAAGCUAUUUGUGCAAACACAUGAGAAUCCACACAGGAGAGAAACUCUUCAGUUGUUCUGUCUGUGGUAAAGGAUUCACACAAAAGAACCAAAUGACACAGCACGUGAGAAUUCACACAGGAGAGAAACCAUUCAGUUGUUCUGUCUGUGGUAGAAAAUUUGCACACAGACCAAAUUUGACCUCACACUUAAGAGUUCAUACAGGAGAAAAACCUUUCACAUGCUCAGUUUGUAAAGCAAGUUUCAGUCUCAGAAACAGUUUGUCUCAACACAUGAGAAUCCACACAGGGGAGAAACCAUAUAGUUGUUCAGAUUGUGGUAAAACAUUUGUACAAAAUCCAACUCUGAAACAACACAUGAGAAUGCACACAGGAGAGAAACCCUUCAGUUGUUCUGUGUGUAGUAAAGGAUUUGCACGAAAGGCACAAUUGACACAACACUUGAGAAUCCACACAGGGGAGAAACCAUUUAGUUGUUCAGUUUGUGGUAAAACAUUUGUACAAAAUCCAACUCUGAAACAACACAUGAGAAUCCACACAGGGGAGAAACCCUUCAGUUGCAGCGUUUGUGAUAAAAGAUUCACUUGGCUUCAUACUUUCAAAAAACACAAGUGUGCUGGUGAGAGCAGCGGCAGUAAAUGAAGCUGCAGAGAUGCUUGUUGAGCCGAUUUGAAGUACUGAGGGCAAGACUUGGCUCAAAACUGAUCAUUCAAAACUGAAACAGGGUUAGGGGUUAGCCAAAAUAAGUCGUGCUUCAUCUUUUCAGCUAAGACGAAGCCACGUGAUCAUUUUAAAGAGUAACUAAAGCCCCAAAAUAAGACGGUGUCGUCCCUCAUUCGUCCAGGAGUGUUCCAUCGUAGAAAAGGUUUCAGUCGUAGUCGUCUGGACGCUGUUUUCAGAAUCAAGACGUUUCG